AUGGUUGGCCUCUACUUCAUAAGAGCUGCUUCCCUGGAUGAUGGUUGUGAGGACUCUGCUGGAAGCAGGACAGGUUUUGGGCCAUUUGGACGCCACCCUGUUAAUUCUAGCUGGGAAGCAGUGAAGGAACUCUCCAAUUUGGGUCUGGGCAAAGAUGUAGCAGUUCAGAUUCUGCAGCUGCCUGUGAUUUACAAGAAAGCAAAGGAACAAGUGUCCAAAAUUUGGGAAACUCUUCAACCCCAACAGUUCAUUGUUCAUGUUGGUCUUGCUUCAUCUUCCAAAGCAAUCAUCCUAGAACAGUGUGGACGGAACAAAGGUUACAGAGAUGCAGAUAUUUGUGGGUUUUUACCAGAAGGUAGUGUCUGUCUGCAAGAUGGCCCAGACAUGAUUGAAUCUACCAUCAACAUGAAAGCUGUUUGCAAAAAUAUCUCUGUCGAUGGAAUCCAGGUUCUCCUUUCCAGAGACGCAGGAAGAUACAUCUGCGAUUAUACCUACUAUUUGUCUCUGCAUUAUGGAAAUGGCUGUGCUGCUUUCAUUCAUGUCCCUCCAUUAUCCAAUUUGCUAACAGCCAACCUUCUAGGAAGAGCAUUGCAAAUCAUUAUCGAAGAGAUGUUAAAACAGUUUGGAAACGCCAGAAAAUAAAGCAUGACUUGCAGAAAGCUGAGAAAAUCACUGUUAUAUGCCAAACCAAAGAAGGAAAGAGUCUUCAACAAAAAAGAAUGCUGAAAUCCUGCUAAGAGUUGACUAAACCUCUGAUUUAAAAAAAAUUGCUUGUAAAAUGUUGUUUACAAAGAACAGAUUAUGAAUCAACCCAGUGAAAACACAAAAGGGUUAUAUUCCCUUAAGAAAAAGAUGAACACAGUAGAAUGCAGAAAUUUUACAAGGGAUUAACUAGCUUCAAGUGCAAUUUCUUUUCUUAAAAUAAUAAAAUGAUAUCCAAGUAAUUUCUGAGAGAUUACAGAGUGCC